CCAAAAACUCCAAAAAUGCUUUUCAACACCACACGCCCAGUAGGAUGCAGCCACACAACUCAACUCAAUCUUAUUCCCUUGCGUCUCCCUGUCUCUCUUCUCUCUACGCUCCCAGAGAAUUCGACUAAAAUGGGACACUUCUAACUGAAACCUAAUUAUUUGCAAUUGAUAAGAACAACAAAAUGCAAGUUUUGGCAUUUCAGACUCCCCAAAUUUUAUCAUCAUCCACCUACAAAAAUGCUCGCCCGCUUUCUGGGUCGAUUACUACACUGCCAUUUUCUCCCUUGGUGCCCAGAAAAAUCACCAAAUCAUCUCCUUCUUCUUGGGUCAGGUCUUUUUUGGCAGUGACUGAAGUUAACAACACUAGAUUGUUGGAGAUGCAGACCGUGAAAUUUGAAGCUUUCACAGCUUCUCAGAAUUAUCAUUUGGGUGUGGAUUCGAGGUUUUAUAGAAGAGUGCAAUGCAGAGAGGCACAAAAAGAUGCUGGUGGGAGCAGAUUAAUUAGAUCACAUGCUUUAAAUGUUGGAGCUGGAUCUGGUAGCUAUGACGAGAGGCAGGGAAACGACAGCCAGAGCUCCCUCGCCAAACAACAUACUGAAACUUCCUCAAAUAUUGAGAAAUCUCCUGAUCGAAUUCCUUAUCUUUUUCCUAUUGCUGUUGUGCUGUGUUCAUGCACUUUAGCGUUCUUACUUAUUCUUUUCAAGAAAGGGCCUACAUCAAUCUUACCAGCACUAGCAAAGUCGGGCUUCACCGCAGCAUUCUCGUUGAUAUUUGUUUCUGAGAUUGGAGACAAGACUUUCUUCAUUGCUGCUCUCUUGGCCAUGCAAUACGACAAACUGCUGGUCCUUCUCGGAUCAGUGGGUGCACUAUCGCUUAUGACUGUCCUAUCCGUCGUAAUUGGCCGGAUAUUUCACUCAGUGCCUGCUCAAUUUCAGACAACUUUGCCGAUUGGAGAGUAUGCUGCUGUAACCCUUUUGGUGUUCUUUGGUCUUAAAGCAAUUAAAGAUGCAUGGGACCUUCCUUCUGCAGAAGCUAAAACCGGGGAGUCGAGUAAUCAGGAAUCUGAUGAAUUUACUGAAGCUGAAGAGCUUGUGAAGGAAAAGGCCUCAAAACGAUUAUCAAAUCCCCUUGAAGUUAUCUGGAAAUCAUUCAGCCUCGUGUUUUUUGCUGAAUGGGGAGACCGCUCAAUGCUGGCAACAAUAGCCCUCGGUGCAGCUCAGUCUCCGUGGGGAGUCGCCAGUGGAGCCAUCGUAGGACACCUGAUAGCGACAUCUCUUGCAAUACUUGGAGGCGCGUUGCUUGCGAAAUACAUUUCUGAGAAGCUGGUGGGAUACGUUGGUGGAGUUCUAUUCAUUGUUUUUGGGAUCGCCACAUUUUUCGGAGCCUUUUAGCUGACUGUUAGAAUUGAAGCGAACGAGAAGGAAUAUCUGACGUGCAGGGCGACCUGGGGACUAAAUAUUAAGGUUAGGAUGACUGGAAUUGUGAAGCUGUAAAUGUGGCGUUUUUUCAUUAAUAAACUGCAAUUCAUUAUCUAUCAUGCAUAAUUGGGCAAUUUCGUUGAGAUGUAUGGCUGAACUUUCAUUUUUUGAAAUAGUAGUGAUGGUGUUCUGUGAUCA